AUGGCCUCGCGCGAACAUGACUUCACCAACAUGGAUGAUGGCUCACCAGAGCGAACCAUCGAUGGGAAAGGUGCACAAUCUUACGGAGAAAUUAAUACCAUCCAAAAGCGUCUCAAGUACCACGAGUAUGACUAUAAUUUCUCCAACGUUCUGCGAGAGAAGCUCGCCUCCUUGAUGCAGGGGCCAUCUGAGGGACAAAACAUUGAAGAAUGGGAGCUACAGCUGAAGACAGAGACGGCUUUAAAUCGCUUUUACUCGCCAUACCCUGAAGUGCGAGCUGUUUCUACGCCCACGGACGAUCCCACUAUUCCCUGCGAGACCAUUCGCGCCCACCUCCUUGGCUAUAUGUGGGCCAUUAUCGCCCAAUUCACCAAUUCCUUGUUUAAUUCGCGCUAUCCCUCCAUCACUCUAGAAUCUGCCGUGGCACAAAUCCUGCUUUAUCUAUGUGGAUUAUUCCUUGCAUGGGUUCUGCCAGACUGGGGAUUCAUGAUAGGCGGCAAGAGAGUUUCUCUCAAUCCUGGUCCCUGGACGUACAAAGAACAGAUGCUUUCCACCAUCAUCAUCGAUGUUGGUCUAACUGCUGCCUAUUGCUUCUGGAACAUUCAGACCCAGUCCGUCUACUACCAGGACAAAUGGCUUACCCGGGCUACCGUAUUCUGCUCUUGCUGUCUACCCAGCUCCUGGGUCUUGGGUUUCCGAGAGGUCAAGCGCAGAGUGCGCGGGCAAACAGAGAUCUUGGAGACUUUGCAGACCGAAGAGGACCGCGUGAAGGCUUUGGCAAAGUACUUCGAUAUGCACCUUCGUGAGGGCGAGAUCCAGGAAAUUCGGGAUAUGACCUCAGAGCUAGUGUAG